AUGGCUGCCGCGCAAGAGGCGAGACGUGAACCUAUUCAGGCCGUCCAAGUAUUCGGACGCAAGAAAACAGCCACCGCUGUAGCAUACUGUAAGCGUGGUCGUGGUGUACUCCGAGUCAAUGGUCGCCCUCUAGACUUAGUGGAGCCCCGUCUGCUUCAAUACAAACUUCAAGAACCAAUCCUAUUAUUAGGAAAGGAAAAGUUCUCUGGUGUAGACAUCAGGGUCACCGUAAAAGGAGGUGGACAUGUCGCUCAAGUUUAUGCCAUCAGACAAGCCAUCUCGAAAGCACUUAUAGCUUUCUACCAGAAAUUCGUCGACGAGGCCUCAAAGAAGGAAAUCAAAGAUAUCCUAGUUCAGUAUGACAGGAGUUUGUUAGUCGCUGAUCCAAGACGCUGCGAGCCCAAGAAGUUUGGAGGACCGGGAGCUCGGGCCAGAUACCAGAAGUCAUACCGUUAA